AUGGAAUCUCAAAAUGAAGAAAAUUCGGUUAGUUCAUCUUCUAGUACUCUUCCUGUGCCCAUUGAGGGUGAGAGCCAAAGGUCUUCUCAAAUUAUUGAAUUUACUGAAUCUGAAAAAAGGAAAUUGAAGUCUAAAUCAUGGAGACAUUUUAAACCGGCAAGCGUUAAUGGUGUUCGCUAUGGUAUUUGUAAUUACUGUAAUGCUCGUAUCAAAGCAAAUAGAAAAUGCGGGACAUCGUCUAUGUCAGAACAUUUUCGUAGAUGUCCUAAUAAGCCAAGAAAUUUGGGAAACGAUAGCGGUUCGGGGGGUGAUGAUAGUAGCCAACAUUAUUUCGAUCAAGAUGUUUCACGUAAAGAACUUGCUCACGCCAUUAUAUUGCAUGAAUAUCCCCCGUCUAUAGUUGAUCAUGUAGGAUUUAGAAAGUUUGUUGCUAGUCUUCAGCCGUUGUUCAAAAUGGUGUCAAGGAACACAAUCAAAAAUGAUAUUUUGAGGAUUUUUGACAAUUUGAAAUAA